AUGAGCACUGUUUUGCAGGACAGGGAUCUCUCCCUCUGGGCUUUCUUUGUUGGUUUACUUGCCGUCUUGCUAGGUGGCGCUACCAUGCUUCUUUGGAAAGGAAAUGAUGAAGAGGCAGUCCUCGGUAAUAUCGACCCAGAAAGGGUCGAGGAAUUAGAAAAUUUACCAAAUGAGUGCCACACGGUCCAUUUGAUUGUGUUGGUUCCCGGGCUUUUGGCUCCUCCGACUAGCAUGGAAAAGACACGUCUAGUUCUUGUGAAGCUUGCUCAGGAAGAAAACAAAAAAGAUGCUACUGGCAGAGUUGUCGUUCACAGGUCCACCUUUAACCUCGAGAAAAAGUCUAUGGACGGCAUUUUGCUGUGUGGCGAACGAUUGGCUACAGAAGUCAAUCUGUUGCUGGGUCACAUCGCCGCCAACAAGGGAACUCGCGAGACGAGGACUGUGAGCUUGUCAAUAAUUGGCAACAGUUUGGGGGGUGUCGUUGCCAGGGCGGCAUUGCCGCAUAUCCAGUGGUCCUGGCCACUCCAAGACACCAAAAAUUCCUCCAUGGUCACUGUGGUACCCAAAAUAUUUUGUACCACCAAUACGCCUCAUCUUGGUUUCAAAGAUGCCAUGCACAUGGAACUGCCAAAACCUGUUCUCUACAUACUGGAACGCUUCCUCGUCGCGAUCUUGGGACAAACCGGGAAGGACUUGAUGCGACACAAAACGAAUAAGGUCAUUGAAACUCUUGCUUCGGAGGACAAAUACUUGCAACCUCUGGGAAAGUUUCAAAAGCGCAUUGCUUAUGCCAAUUCGUUCCGAACCGACUUUCGAGUUGCCACGGGCACAGCUGCUUUCAUUGCUCCCGAUUCCGAUUCUCCGCAUCAAACAAUACCGUCAUUCACAGACAAUUUUCCAUUCGCCGUUCACGCCCUGUCGACGGUGCCAAGGCAAACAAGGUCCGAGAAACAACAACCACAACCGCGAUCAGCUAGUAGUAGCAGGUCCAAGAAGGAUCAAUGGAUGCGACAUCAUUGCGAGCAGCUGGAUGCGCUCGGUUGGACAAAGGUGUUUUGUGACAUUCGCUCCGAACUUCCUUCCAUCCAGCUACCACCACUGUGUUGCAAAGGAAGAUCGUCACUAUCGUCCGAAACCUCGACACAUUCCUCCUGGACUGCGGCACAGUUGUGCCAGAAAUAUGCACGAUCUGAUCCAGUCACACCUUGCACGUGGUAUGCUCCCAUGGCUCACGAAGUGCUUGUGGCCAACUCGGAAAAGGCUGGAAGUGGGGGUCGGGUUGCCGAGAAAGGACUGCCGUUCGUAGAGGAAUAUGCUACUCGCUUCUUGCAGGAUUGCAUUGCGUAA